CAAGUCCAGGCAGUUCUGUACAGGGAGCGUCUGAGACUCAAGGAAAUGACAACUGAAUAAAACUCAAAACAUGACACACACACUCUGAGAUGAGUGAGGAGGCUGAGGAGGGCCCUGAGACCAGAGUCUGCACUACACAGCUGUGUAACCAUGGAGACUGACCAGGACAUGGAUAAUACUGUUAGCAGGAACAAAACAUCAACACGGACCAAUGCAGGAACACAGACAGACAGACCUCCAUCUCCCGUGCCCAGCUGUGUGUCCCUGAAGAGUGAUCAGUCCAAGCCUGAACCUCUUUCCUUCAGAAGUGGACGAGUCCCAUCAGGAAUGAAACCACAGAAACACAGACCUCCAUCUCCAGUGCCCAGCUGUGUGUCCCUGAAGAGUGAUCAGUCCAAGCCUGAACCUCUUUCCUUCAGAAGUGGACGAGUCCCAUCAGGAAUGAAACCACAGAAACACAGACCUCCACUUCCAGUGCCCAGCUGUGUGUCCAUGAAGAGUGAUCAGUCCAAGCCUGAUCCCAUUACCUUCAGAAGUGGAGUCCCAUCAGGAAUGAAGUUAAGGGCUGAUCUGACCCAGGAUCAGUCCAGGUGUGGAGUGUGUGAGCAGGUACUGAAGGACCCAGUCAUCACCACCUGUGGACACAGUUUCUGCAGGCAGUGCAUCAGCAGCUACUGGGAGCAGCCUGGACUACCAGGAGACCAAGCCUGUCCCCAGUGUGGAAAGACAUGCAGGACCCAACCUCCUCUGGAUGAACACACAGAUAAGGGAACACAGGAUGAAAACCUGAGGAGAGUUAUAGAGAAUCACAAAGGCAGUCUGAAGAGGAGGUUUGAGAACAUCUCUGAAGGCAUCAUCAAACCAGGAGCUGAGAUACUCCUCAAUAAGAUCUACACAGAGCUCUACAUAACAGAGGGAGAGAGUGAAGGGGUGAAUAAGGAACAUGAGGUUUGGCAGGUAGAGUCAGCGUCCAGAUCUCAGUCCACAGAAGACACACCAAUCAACUGCAACGACAUCUUCAAGCCCUUACUUGGACAGGAGAAGCACAUCAAAACUGUAAUGACCAAGGGUGUUGCGGGAAUUGGAAAAACUGUCUCAGUUCAGAAGUUCAUUCUUGACUGGACAGAUGGGAUAGCCAAUCAGAAUAUAGAUUUUAUGUUUCCCCUUUCUUUCCGUGAGCUUAAUUUAGUCAGGGAUGAUCAGUAUAGUUUUCACAGGCUCCUGCUUGACUUUCACCCUGAGCUGAAGGAGCUGAAUGAUGGUGAAGGAUACAAAGACUGUCAGGUUGUGUUCAUCUUUGAUGGUUUGGAUGAGAGUCGGUUGACUCUGGACCUGGAACAGAACAGUAAGUUAUCUGAUGUGAAACAAACAUCAUCAGUGGAUGUUCUGAUGACAAGCAUCUUUCAGGGAACUCUGCUUCCCUCUGCACUCAUCUGGAUAACCUCAAGACCAGCUGCAGCCAGUCAGAUUCCUACUCAGUUCAUCGACCAGGUAACAGAAGUACGAGGAUUCAAUGACACACAGAAGGAAGAAUAUUUCAGGAAGAGAAUAGGUGAUGAGAGUCAGGCCAACAGAAUAAUCUCGCACAUUCAGGCAUCCAGGAGUCUCCAUAUUAUGUGCCACAUUCCAGUCUUCUGCUGGAUUGCAGCCACUGUACUUCAGCAGAUGCUGGAAAGGAAAAACAUCAAAGACAUUCCCAAAACACUGACUGAGAUGUUCAUACACUUCUUGCUCAUCCAGACCACAAGAAAGGAUCAGAAGUAUCAGAGUGGACCAGCAACAGAUACAAAGAAACUUCUGGAAUCUCAGAGAAACAUUUUACUGAAGCUGGCAGAACUGGCUUUCAAGAAUCUAGAAAAUGGCAACCUCAUGUUUUAUGAGGAAGACCUGAGAGAGUGUGGCAUUGAGGUCAGUGAAGCCUCAGUGUACUCUGGCAUGUGCACUGAGAUCUUCAAGACAGAAUCUGUGGAAUCUCAACAGAAGAAGGUCUACUGCUUUGUGCAUCUUAGUGUCCAGGAGUUUCUCGCAGGUGUGUUUGUGUUUCACUCAUAUUUGGAUAAGAACCACACGGCAUUGAAAACCCUCGUCAGUGAUGAGCAUAGAGAUGAACUCAAUCCAUCAAAGUUAUAUACCUUUCAGUCCGCACUAGGAUUAAAACCUCAAGAUGACUUACAUGUUUUACUUAAGAGUGCAGUUGAUAAGGCUUUGGAGAGCCAGAAUGGACACCUGGAUCUCUUUCUUCGUUUCCUUAUGGGCAUUUCUGUGGAGAAAAAUCAUAAACUUCUGCAAGGUCUACUGAGCAAGAAACACAACAGUUAUCUUAGUAUUAAGGAAACAUGUCAGUACAUGAAGAAGCUCAACAGAGAAGGUCUCUCUCCUGAACGAUGCAUCAAUCUUUUCCACUGCUUAUUUGAAAUGAAUGAUGAUUCCAUGCACAAAGAAAUUCAGAAAUACUUGUCAUCACCAAAGAACAUCAAACAGAAGUUAUCUCCUGCCCACUGUUCAGCACUGGCCCACAUGCUUCUGAUGUCUGAGGAGGUGUUGGAUGAGAUUGACCUGAAGAAAUACAACACAUCAGAUGAGGGACGCAGGAGACUGAUCCCAGCUGUGAAGUGCUGCAGAAAGGCACGACUUGCUGAAUGCAAACUCUCAGAGAAUUCCUGUGGAAUUGUGGCUGCUGUUCUACUGUCACCAAACUCCCUGAUAGAGCUGGACCUGAGUCACAAUGACCUGGGAGAUUCUGGAGUACACCUCCUUUCUAAGGGACUGUCUAGCCCUAACUGCAAACUGCAGACCUUAAGGCUCAGUAAGUGUGGCAUCUCAGAUGAAGGUUAUGUUUGUCUGGCUCUGGCUCUGAUGUUAAACCCCUCCUGUGUAAAAGAACUGGAUAUGAACAACAAUCAUCCUGGAGAAUCAGCACAGAAACUGUUGUCUGCUACACUAGAGGAUCCUCACCACAAAGUUGAAGCACUUCAAUUUGCUGACUGUAAACUCACAGAUAAAUCCUGUGAGAUUGUUGCUUCAGUUCUUCAAUCACCAAACUCACUGCUACAGCUGGACUUGAGUGACAAUGAUCUGGGGGAUUCUGGAGUUCAGCUUCUCUCUAAAGGACUGUCCAGUUUUAACAGCAAAAUUCACACCUUAAGGCUCUCUGAUUGUCUCAUCUCAGAGAAGGGUUGUGUUUUUCUGGCUUCUGCUUUGACUUCAAACCCCUCCCAUCUAAAAGAGCUGGAUCUGAGCUACAAUCAUCCUGGAGAAUCAGGACUGAAGCUGUUAUCUGCUAGACUGGAGGAUCCUGUCUGUAAACUGGAGAUACUUAAAACUGACCAUGCUUCUUUAGACAGAGCACGACCACGUUUGCUGAGAUAUGCCUGUGAUCUCACACUGGACCUAAACACAGCACACAGAACACUCUCUCUCUCUGAGGGGAACAGAAAGGUGACACGUGUGGAUGAGGAGCAGCCGUAUCCUGAACACCCAGAGAGAUUUGACGACUGGCCUCAGGUGUUGUGUAGAGAGGGUCUGACUGGACGCUGCUACUGGGAGGCUGAGUGGAGUGGAGAUAAAGGAGCUGAGAUAUCUGUGGCCUAUAAAAGCACCAAGAGGAAAGGGGAGAGUGAUGACGUCACAAUGGGACAGAAUGUCAAGUCCUGGAGUCUGAGCUGCUCUCCUCACAGUUACUUUGUCUGGCACAAUAAUAAACGCACUUACAUACCUGCCCCCUCCUCCGGCUCCAGAAGAGUAGGAGUGUACCUGAACUGGCCGGCCGGCACUCUGUCCUUCUACAGCGUCUCCUCUGAUACACUCACCCACCUGCACACGUUCCACUCCACAUUCACUGAGCCCCUCUGUCCAGGGUUUGGGUUUGAUUAUUAUAACUCCUCAGUGUCCCUGUGCCAGAUCACAUGAGCUCCUCCUCCAACAGGUACAUCCACCUGUCACCCUUUCUCUCAAUCCUCAGUCUUUACUCCCCCUCCCUUCUUAUCCUCUCUCUUUCCCUUUCCUUUCUCUCUACCUCUCUGUCCUCUCUUCCUCUCUCUACUCCCUUUUUUAUCCUUCUCUCCUCUUCCUAAAAUGAAUAUGUGAAUUACAAAAAAUACAUCCACCUAUCACUCUUUCUCUUCAUACUCAGUGUCUACUCCCACUCUCUUCUCUUUUCUGUCUCCUCUUCCUCUCUCUACUCCCUCUUUUCUCCCUCUCUCCUCUUCUUCUCUCUUUCUGAUCCUUCAUUCUUUUCUGUUUCCUAUCCCCCGUCCUACUCCUUCUCCCUUUUCCCUCUUCUGCUGUCUUUGUGUGUGUGUGUGUGUGUGUGUGUGUGUGUGUGUGUGUGUGUGUGUGUGUGUGUGUGUGUGUGUGUGUGUGCGUGCGUGCGUGCGUGCGUGCGUGCGUGCGUGCGUGCGUGCGUGCGUGCGUGCGUGCGUGCGUGCGUGCGUGUGUGUGUGUGGUUUGUAUGAAACUGCCAAAAUUCAAACAUAGAUUCAUCAACACAAGACACUGCGCAACAUUCCGCAGUAACCACGCAUCCAUUGUGAUGUAAGCGCCUGGUGCUUGAUCUGUGGCCCUGGCAGUUAGCCUAUCUCACGUAAAAAUGGCGUCUUUCCGCUUUCCUUUCCGGUCCCUGGAGCUAAACUUCCGGUCAGUAGGGAUUAAAGUUUUCCGGCACCGUGCUGGAAUUCCGGCGUGCGGCCAUUGACUGCGUUCAUUUUUUUAAAUAUUAUUUAUUUGCUAACGCUAUUGAAAAACAUGCAGCAUUCGUUCAGCUGAAUUUCCUUUCCCUGCUCUCCCUCUCUGUCACUCAUGCGCCACGCGCCCUAAUACACACACACACACACACACACACACACACACUCACACACACACUCACACACACACACACACUCAGACACAGACACAGACUCCCCUUCGUGCACACCGCAUCUGUCUCCAUGAGAUCAUCCCUGGAAGCGUGGUCGCACUGAUGUGACGCUGCGGGUGGAAGCAUAAGUUCUUCCGCAAAUUUUGGAGACUAUGCGUGCGCAACUUUACCAAACAGUAUAGAAGUAAACAAAUUCUCCUUGGUCCGCUCUCGUGCGCAUGGACACCCGCCCCUCGACAUGCACAUUUAAUCCAAACAAAACAUUCACAAUCGUGAACGCAAUGACGCACAGAAGACGACUAGCUGAAUUAUUGUUAAAUACGGUUAGCAUCAUUAGUAGGCUAUGCUGCACACAUCUUAUUAAAACUCUGCAUUCAAGUUGACUGACCAUCUCAAUACCAAUGUUUUUCAACUCCAAGAUUUAAAGGGCCUGUCCCAAGGAGAAAAAGUAUGAGCUUACCUUGAAACUUAAACACACGUGGGGACACUGAACAGUCCAACCAGCUAGAGUAUGAUAAACUAGCCAACUAUGCUACUUUGUUUACAAUAUGUUGAGGCUUCAAUCAAACAGCUGAAUUUAAGAGGUGAAGUUGUAAUAUGAAUAGCAGGCUAUAAGCUGCAUAAAGUUUGCUGUUAUGAAUAUCAGAAAUGUCAGUAUACAGAAUGUAUAAAUAAUUGUGUGUGUGUGUGUGUGUGUGUGUGUGUGUGUGUGUGUGUGCUUUACAUCUUGUUAAAAAAUCAUUAAAUAAAUAAAUUCACAUUAUAUGAAAGCAAAGCGAUAAAAAGUCAGACAUGAGGCGACACACCGCACAUUGCCUUCUAAUCUGUGGGAAACACUGUUAUUACUCUUUAGAAAGAGAAUCAUUGUCUUUUUUUGAAUACCUUAACUUAAAUGGUUGCAACUAAAUCUUAUUCUUCAAAUGCCUGCCUUCCAAUUUCACAUAUCCUGACACCUUAUGAUUGUAGGUCAAUUUGUAACCUGUCAAAGACAAAGAUUAGCCGCAAAAUUUGAUAUAAAAAGAAAUCCUAAAUGCUACAUGUAGCAUAUUGUAGUGUGUUGGACUACUAAUUGCUACCUAUUGGCCUUCUUGGUGUCCAACAUCACAAACAAGGCCUGUGUCGUGCGCAAACACUCCAAAAAGUAAACCUGUUUCCAAUCGAUCGACCAACAUAGUGUCGUAUAGAGUCGCAUGCACGAGUCUAAAAAAGUUCAGGCUCAGGAUUUUUUUUUGCUUUAAUCCCUGGGUCAGGGUAAUAGCCGUUCAUAGUGAAUGACCACGGGGGAGCAGAGAAGCUAGAGGUGGUGUAAUAAAACUCUGUGAACCGGUAUCAAACAAAAACAUCCCGCUUUUAGCUUUUGUACAUUUCUCCUUGAUGUGGACCGUCGAAGAAAAUGGAUUCAAGCCACGAAGAGAGAGGAGGGAACACUAUUUAACGUCUAUAAUGUCACAGUUGUUUGUAGCAUAGCAUUUUCGUAUUAGCGACCUGUUCGGAAUAGCUAGCUUCAAACGUUAGCGCUUUAAGUAAAGCCAGGUAGAGUUAAAUAAGACAGUGCCUUGUGUUUGUUAAACGGUCUCUGACACAACCCAAGCCAGGACGUCUGUUUUCACGACGACAACGAGGGACUGGGGUUGUUUGAGAAGUCCAACCGUGUGGAAAGGAAGAUGUUGCUGUUGCUAGCUUAGCUAGCUUUGCUUCGGACAACGAACUAACGAACGACCGUCCCGGUGCAUUGGAUGCAGCUCACACGAGGAUAAAGGAACUGGAGGUGCUUGUGUUGACACGACAUCAAUGAGGGUAAUUCGUCUCACCAAGUCCUCCCCUCGGAAAUGUCUGACUUGGUGUCAGUGACUGUCACACCAGGGAAGGGAAGGCUAGUGACCACAAGCUAACCUUGCUCCCAGAUGGGUCACAACAAAGCCACAGAAGAAACUUUGACCUGCCAGAGAUCCACGUAGUGAUCCACGUACUCCAGCCCCUGCCUCAUAGCUGUGGUUUGCCAUGUUUCCUUGAGGAUCCUCCCUGCCAACCACUGCCGGGUCUUAUUCCCCCUGGCAGCAAGGACUUCAUGACUUGCUUUGAGCCUGCUCUCUUCACAAGUGGCUCAGAGUGUACAUACAUACAUACAUAUAUAAAGAUAAUUGGGUUAUAGUUUGUUCAUUGUGUUCAUUUUGUGUGUACUUUUCUAUGUUUUGUAUUUCUAUAAUGUCCACACGUUUUUCAAUAAAACAUGUGUCUUGUUGGUACUUUGACACUAACCUUUGUAGCGCAUACCGUAUAAUGUAGAUCUCACUUUGCAGCUUCCCAAUGUUUUUUUUAAAUGACCAACUGGUGUAGUUAUGUUUACCUGAGUGCAUGGCUUGUACAACAAUGUGAUCACAAAAUUCUCUACCAGCAGCACACAAAAUAGCAUAUCCUCCGCGGUCUUGCUGGCCGAAGUUAGUGUCAGUAGUAGUGGGGUGAGUGGAACAUAUUAGCAAAAGUCUCUGAACCUGAACUCGUGGAACAACAACUAAAAUAAGAGAUUUGUCUUGCAUAGUGUUGCAACAAUUUGCCCAUUAGGUGUGUUUCAAUGUGGAGAUGUUUUGGAUACCAUACAAAUGAUGACCAUAUUAAGAACAGACAGGCACACAAGGCACAAAGGAGUCCUAGAAUUCAAAACCACAUUCACCUUGUUACUGUUGAAUUUAGGCUGCGAGCAGUGUCCAAAGGACAACACCAAAGACUUUACCGCGUCCCCCGCCUGCUUUCGUAUGCAACUUGGGAAAUAGAAACAGCCGUGUUGAAAUGCUCCAAUCUGAACAGAGCUCAGAUAACACGUAAUAGGCGCCCAUCCCCCUUUAGAUACACCCCUCGGCCCCUCUCAUUUGCAUACCUUCGAUUAAUAAUUAUGACCGCCGCUAGCGUAGCUAGCGAAGCGGUCAUAUAGUUGUUGUCAAAGUUUUUUUUUAUUUUUUUUUUUUUUAUUCUUUUUUCCCGUCAUUUUUUGUCAACGAUUCCCGGGACACCGUAACACCGGAACGCAUGAAACUUGGUGGGCAUGUAGCCCCAGUAGAGUUCUAUGGAAAAUUUUCGUUUCGUCCCCGGGGGUCACUCCACCCCCGCGCUGCCCCCACCCGAAGCCCAAAAAUGACAGUUUUUCCUACAUAACUACCUGAACCGUGGCACCGAGGAUGACAAAAUGUUUAUGGUAUGUUGUUCUCUAGAGCUUGCAUCAACUUAGCUUAUAACCAGUCAUUUGUGAUUUGCCCCCCCAUCGUAAAAAUUGAAAAUGCAAUGUAAUAUUGCUUUAAUUGCCCCUAUCUUCAGAUGAGAUGUUAUGAACUGCACCAAAUUUCAUGUGUAUGAUUAACCUGACACCCUCUUGGAGUAUGCCAAGUUUUGUGGAAUUUCAUCCAUGGGGGGCUAUAAAAUAAAUGGAUUUAUGUGUACAUUCAGGACUGUAUACCCAUCGGCCAGUAGAUGGUGGUAUUAUCUGGAGUCUAAAUCCCCCCCUGGGGAUUUCAAAAACUUCCAAACAUCUCAAUCUCUGCUAGAUUUUGUCCUAGAAACAUAUAAGUGACACCAUUAGAAACCUUUAAUCAACUAGUUUCCAAAUAGAGAAUGGUUGCUCUGGGUGCAACAAACAUGCAGGAACACACACACACACACACACAUAAAUACACACACACACACGCAUACCUACACACACACGCACCACUACAUACACACAUGUACAUAAAACAUUAUACAAACACAUGCACAAACACGCCCACACGCAUGCACACAUACACCCUUACACACACACACACACCUACACACACACACACACACACACACACACACAUGCACACACACAUCUUUGAGUACAUUUUGUGAGACCACCGGAGCUGAGAAGUGAAUGUGUGUGUGAUGUACUAUAGCCUGUGUGUGUGGGUGCGUUUCUGUGUGCCCAUCUGUGUGUUUGCAUGUGUGUAUAUGUGUGUAUGUGCAUGUUCUGUGUGUGUUCUCUUUCUUUCUCUCUCUCUCUCUCUCUCUCUCUCUCUCUCUCUCUCUCUCUCUCUCUCUGUGUCUGUGUGUAUUCUGUGUGUGUUCUCUCUUUCUCUCUCUCUCUCUCUGGGUGUGCCUGUGUGUGUGUGUGUGUGUGUGUGUGUGCGAGUGUGUGUUUGUGUGCCUGUGUGUGCCUGUGUGUUUGUGUGUGUGUGUGUGUGUGUGUGCACACGUGCGCAUGUGCGUGUGUGUGUGUGUGUGUGUUAUCUGAUAUUGGAGUGACAGUGACGGCAGAGAACACAGUGAACAUAUACUCAGAGACACAUUAAACACACACACAAGCAGACACACACUCACACUAGACAGAGAAGCACUCAUACACAAAAGCAAGCGCACACAUGCACACACUCAUUUACAUACAUAAAAGUUGCAGUAGGGAUGGAGUAGGCGAUGGAAACACAAGCGUGAUUGAUAUUUGCGGAGAGAAUGUGCAGGACUGAGCGGCGGUCAUAUUGUGUAUCGCUUUGCGUUACAUCUAGUUCUUGUUAAACUGCUCUUACGAUGCUAGUAUCUAGAUAUGUGGUCUAUGGCAGAGACGUUGUAAUGCUAGCGUUAUUACAGCUAACUUUGGAGAGUUACUAUACUAAGAAAUGUACUGAUAAAACUUACCAAUCUAACACAUUCAUUCUGUUGGGGAAUCUGCUGCACUUCAUCUUCGUCAGAACCUUCUUCUGACUCGGUUUAUACAUGUACGGCUGUAUUCCUUAUUUAAAUCCAUUGUUGAUAGCUUUGUCAAAAACUUUUGGCUUUAUUUACCAGCAGUAAACGUAGUUUCACUUUGCUCUAGCUUCAGACCGGUGGAUUGAGCCAAUCAACUUUCAGGACAUAUCGGCCAAUAGACCAAUCAGCGCGCAUCUCAUUUGAAUAUUCAUGAACUUGCUGAGUGGGCGGGAAAAACAAACUGUUUCAUUGCAAGGCUUAUUUAUGACCUUGUAUUAGGCGAUCUAGCAGUGCUCCUGGGGCGUUUUCAGCCCCACAAAUUUACAUAUGACAUUAUUUAGGCUCAAAGAUCAAUUUGUAAUGGUCAAAAAAUGCGUUCUAUGACUCCUUUAAAAAAUUAUAUACCUGCUUGGCGUUUUAUGUAAGCUUGCCUUUUAGGGACACUCGCAAGUUAGGCUCCCUAUUGUAGACUACUGUUUAGCCUACACAGGAAGGUGCAUAUUAAUACUGCAAGAUACUCAAAGUUGCCCAGGUCUUAGACAUUGUUGCACGGAAUGUGUAAUCAAUCAACUAGGCUUCAGUAAUGUUUAACAAAAAACACGGGGUAAGUAUAGCGUUUGUUAUAGCUAUUAGGCUAUUGAUGCAUGCUCUAGGCAAGUCGUUUUGAUGGAGAUGCGUAUGUAAACAAUAGUUAUUUCGGUGCCGUUGUUCCUUUUGCCCCUGACAGAUUCAAUGUUUAAAACACCUUGUUUGCGGCUCCUCGAUCUUUCUAAGAGAUCGGUAGCACAAUGCAGUGGCGCCUGCAGGCGUACGGCCGUACGCACUGUGCGUACCUUGAGACUACUCAUCAAUGAGAGAAAAUUACCCUUGUGCGUGUGUACGGUAUUCACAUCAAAUUGGCCUACCAUAACUUCCCAAUUAUGCACAGUAUCCCAUUAGCCGCAUGCCAUGCCAUCAGGCUAUUUACAAUUUUCUAUAUGAAGUUAGUCAACACGUUAUCAAAAUUAACUUAAUGCAGAGCUACUGUAUAUCCAUGCGCACAUACUUCAUUUGAGCAGGAGAGAUUACGCACGCAGGCGCGCAACAAGGCUACUUGUUGUUUUCUUUUACUCGGCUAUCUAUUAUGGUUAUCAGAACACAAUGUGACGCUAAAUCACUAACUCAAAUACUCAUCGUGGAUAUCGCAACUUCUUUUAAACAACGAAAAGAGAAAGAAUGGAAGAUGGAGGCAGGAGAGCUAGAGGAGAUUCCAGAUGGGGCAAUAACAAGCUAGGUAGACAAUUUGUGUGCUUGUCGGAACGUUAGACUAGCAUUACAACACUGUUAAACACCAGACGUUAGGCUAGAUAUGGCGAUACGCCUAAGCACACUGCCGCCUCAUGGAACAGGCACAACAAGUCGGCAUAUUUUCACCUCGUUUUUAUUUUUGGUACAGUUCAGUCCGGUUUGUGUACCCACGGCAAAAGGCACUACUGUAUAAGAUUGCUGGCUGUGCUCCAUAGGGCAGCAUUAUCCUAUCAUUUAAAUAAACUUGUCAUAAAAAUAAAUACAGUGGACACAUAACUUAGCAACAAUAAACACUUAUCGAAGCGCCGAGAGGAGGAGGUUGAGGGCGCUCUGGCUGUUAAAAAUGCGUUUGGUGGACACAGCACUGUAGGAUUCUUUAGUGGUUUGCGUUGUGUUUCAGUUUCAAUGUUCUAAUGUCUGAAUUGAAGUUGGUCAAUAAAGCUUGACGGCUGGAUCAGGAUCGGCGAUUGAAUGAUGAUUUAUUGUAAGUAGUACAAUCAGUGAAUAACAGAACACAGGCUAAAGGCCCGUACACACCAAGUCCGAUUUUUCGGAUGAAAUAUUCGCACGAAAUUACGCAGGCUAUUAAACACAUGUAUUCCAAUUAGUAUGUACACACCGAGGACGAAGUUCGUUGCGACGAAAAAAACUUUCGGAACGGUCCUGUUUGAUGCGAAAUUUCGCAUGCGAAAAACAGCUCCUGACCAAUCAAAUAAUGAUUUCGCAGGGUUCCAUUAAGGACGACGAGCAGAAAAGGCUGACCGAAUGGGUGAUCUUGCUGCCCGCGAUGACUAGGCCAUAACACAAAGAGUUUAUAGGCUAUUUUACAGCAAAUCUCCCAGGUGUUCAAGAGUGCGAACUCCUCACAGGCAGCUUUCCCCACUUCUUACCACCGUCCCAUAAUUUCACACUCAACCAAAAAUAAUGAAUAAAUCCUACUACAGCAGUUAACAGAGAGUUUCACACUGCACACAUUUGCAUGGAGAAAAUAUAACAUCAAUUCACGGAAAUGUACGUUUUUGGAAUAGGCCAUUGCGUAGGCAUCUGAACCCAUAGAUGCUCUUUGUGAUACGAUAACCAAUUAGCCUAUACUUUGACAUAGCUCGAAAUUUUGCCUCGUUGCCUGGUGCAUUAACUGAAGUAGCCCAAUGUGGAACUUUGAGAAACUUUCUGUGGACCUUAACGGUAAGAUACAAACUAGGCUGCCUAGUUUUUGCUGUGUGUUGAUCAUAGCCAUACGAUGCUCAAUUUUACUUGUAGCAGAUGCUCUACACUACAGGCUGUAAGAUGUUAUGGCUAUGCCAUCUGCUUCAUACAGUAACAGAUAACGUUUGACGUAGGCCUGUAGCUCCAUGCAUGCGUGUGCAAUGGUUUCGUGCAUGUACAUGCUAUGGCCUAUGGACGUUUUAUAGCGUGUUGGCAUUACAAUUUGUCUUGCAACAUUGUAAAUGAGGCCUAGCAUACCCUACAAGACAUUAAGCUACUACAGUACACCAGUCCGCCCAAAUAGCAUAACUUGAAUCCAAUAUGCGGGAGCUGGUGGUGUGUGUGUGUGUGUGUGUGUGUGUGUGUGUGUGUGUGUGUGUGUGUGUGUGUGUGUGUGUGUGUGUGUGUGUGUGUGUGUGUGUGUGUGUGUGUGU